CACGUCAAAACAAUCCGGAAGACGAUAGGCUACAGCAUGACGGAACUGUUUAUGGAGCCGAGACGAGGUUAUGGGGCUACAAUAACAUUACUCUUUAGACAUGGUUUUACAGGUUGAUAAUGCUAAUGACUAGUGGAAGAACUCUGCGAACUGACCGUAGAUUAGCCACCAUUGUCUAAGUCUAAAAGAAGUGCAGUGACGCCUCGCGCUGUGCAUUUGUAGUCCAUUGUUACAGAUCACAGCUGUGAGACGUUCAAGUGCUGUAGCUUAUCGCUCCUGGUUUUCACUCAUCAUGGGAAAUGGAAUGAACAAGGUUGUUGAUGGACUCUACCUUGGCAAUAUAAGAGAUGCAGAGAACAGAGAAAGUCUUUCGAAGAACGGCAUCACUCACAUCCUAUCUGUGUAUAACAAUGCCAAGCCCGUGUUUGAGGACAUGACCUACCUUUGUAUUCAUGCAGCUGAUGCCUCCAGUCAGAACCUGUUACAACAUUUUAAAGAGUGCAUCAGCUUUAUCCAUGAAUGUCGCCUGAAUGGUGGAUCUUGCCUGGUUCACUGCCUUGCAGGUGUGUCCCGCAGCACUACCAUGGUGGUGGCCUAUCUGAUGACCGUCACACACUACAGCUGGGAGGAUUGUCUGUCUGCAGUCAAAGCCGUCCGAUCAUUUGUGGGCCCGAACUACGGCUUCCAACAGCAGCUGCAAGAAUACCAGACGACACGAGUGUCAGAGUAUCGGGCAUGGUUGCAGUCCAAUUUCCGUCCAAGUCCAUUUAAUGACCAGGAACAGGUGGGCGCCCUGCUGAGCCAGUUCACCGAGCAGCAGGAGAGCCAGAGAAGAGGUCCAGACCACCGCUGGUUGAACCAGGGGGUUGGUGUCUGUGCUCUGCCAUCUGACGCUGAUGAUCCUGAAGCCAGCAGCUGAACCGUGGGCGUCUAGUCACUCUAACCUCCUGCUUCAAGCUGUCUGGAAAUGACAGUACCUUAAUUUUCUGUUCUCAAUUCUAAAUCAACUCUAGGUUAUUUUAAGCAAUGAAGGUUGACUUAGUAUUGAGCUACAGGCUCUUUUUCACUACCAGUACCUCCUAUGUUCCCUUAAGCCACAACAGGGGUAUCGGUGCUCACAGACGCCUUACUCUAAAAACCUCAGCACCUUAGCCAUAAGAUACAACCCGUACUUCCAUCUUGAUUCUGUGUAUCUGCAACAUUCAGCUUGAAAGCCUUAAAGAUGUGACUUCAUGAGGAUGUGAUUUGUCUUAAAAAAACAUUUUGCCUCUAAUUAUAGAGAUGUCCACAAAAUCCUUAAAUCUGCAGCCAAUACACUAACUAUGAAAGUAUUAGUUUGUUAAACUAGGCCGGUAUUUGGUUGGUGCUCAAACUACAUGCAAAACAUAACAUUUUUAUACAGUACACCCUUAAACAGUAAUUAUGAGGGAGCCUUCUGGAGCUACUCAGUCAUUUUUAUUUUUUAGUUCAUAUUUUAAGGAAAUCUCAAGCUGCCUGUUGUCACAUACCCUAAUACACUAAUUUGUGUCAAUAUCAGCCACAGAAGCCAGCACUAGUCCUUAAAGCUGGAUGCAUCCUUGAGCUCUCACUAACUUUAUCUUUAUUCUACUACUUAGCAGAACUGCUGCUGCAAAGGAAACAUGCUCACUAAGUGGCUAAAGAGGGAAGAAAAUUACCUUUAAUAGCCAAGACUUGCUGUAGUUUAUCCACAAUUAUUUGAUGUGUGAUAAAUUAGGAGGUGGCUUUUGUUAGUAAGUCACCAAAAAUAAGGAAAAACUGGUUCACACCUUGAACAUAGCACAAAAAAUGAGUUGGCAAAAUGUUUCUUUAAUGACACUUGGCAGGUUACAAUGGGAAAUGACUUGGCUUGAGUUAAAUACCAACUACACAUGAAGGAACUGCCGGCCAAAUACUUAUGUCUUCCUGAUUUUACUGAAUUUAUGAUUCAUCUUUUUAUUGUGAAAAGGCCUAUUUUUAGGGAAUUUGUGUCAUUAAUUCAUGGGUACAUUUAUGUGAUUUAAUUGCAUAUUUAUGGUGUUUUUUGAGUUUUAUAAUAAAAUUCCAUGAUUGACAAAAACAGAUGAUAAUAAAUAUGUGAUAUUAAUGGU